AUCCCGUUCUUUCUUACCUCUUCCAAAAAUCUCGCAUGUUAUCAGACACCCGUCUAUCACAAUUUAUCACAGAUCCUGCACUUGGAGCUUCGAUCCCGUCGAAAAAAACUAUCACCACUUUAGUGUUUUUCCUGGUCACAUGACUCUACCAGCACUUAUCACAAGAAGUACGACCUUUGACAUAAUUCCUCCCCGCAUCUGUGUUAUGUCACAUCGUCCGUCUGAGUGUUUAGCAGAGACGGACUAAUAUUAAUAAUAAAUAAAACUUUUACUUGUCGACUGGUUUAUGUGCGAGUGAGUGUUCAUGUUGUAAUAGUCGACUUAAUUAAUGUGCAACCAGCAGCAUUGCCAACCUUGACACUUUUCGUAUUAAAUUUGUAGAGUAUGUGUUCUAAGUUGUGUUAAUCCGAGCGGUUUCCAUAGCCUUGGUACAGAUCUGGGGGUACACCCAUCCCCCGGGCGGCGUUUCGGCGCGGCUUGUCCACGCGGUCGCGAACUGGGAGAAAUUUAUGGAGUGAUAAGAUAAGGGGAGUGAGAUGGCGGCGAGAUGGGUCGGAAUUGGCAUGGGGUGAAAGUCGAUGGUGGAGUGUCGAAGGGUGUUAGUGUGGUUGAGACUUACUUAAUUAUUUCUUCAAGUGGGACAUUUUUAUUGCACGAUUGUCACUCGGGAAAGCCCCCAGAUAUGGUGAGGCGGCGCCAACAUCCACAUGUCGCGCCGUCUGCUCCCAACGCAUUGCCGCGUCCCGUCAGCCGCUGACAGCAACCCUUAUCAGCCCACCACGAUCCCGGUGCACACGUGCUCGCACCAGAGAGCGCCCCCCCAGGUCAAGCACUACCGCAACGGCUACCAUGGGGCGGUGGACGUCGUCCUCAGCGACGACACGGUGACGGAGUACGAGUACAGGUACGGGACGGAGCGCAGCUUCUCCGAUGAAAGCGGCUCCACCAGGUUGCCGUGCCACUACGAGAACGACGACGAGUCGUGCAGGAGGGUGUCGAGGAGCGCCUACUCCUCGGAUAGGAGUUAUGGGCGUCGGGCGAAGGAGAGGGUGCCGGUGCACAAGGACCCGAGGAAGGUGUAUCCCCAGCAGUAUGCGAGCGAGGGGGCGGUGUACCAGGAAAUUCCCCCGCAAGCGAUUGUUGAGACCAUUGCGGUCGCCCCCAAGCGCCUCCCGCCGUCGUUGUCGGACCGCCCCCAGAGCUCCAUGAGCUCGGGGGUCACCAGCGCCAUCGUGGACGGCUGUGGCGGAAAAUGCCAAACGUUCGAAAACGUUUGCUAUUUUAUCCUCCAGUUGGUAUUCAUGAUGGGUAUCUUGAUCGGAGUGAGCUUAUGCAUAGCCGGCUUGGUCCUGCGCAAAUCGGCGGCCCGAAAUCUGCAAGUUCUGGUCUACAUCGGCGUCCUCUUGGCCACCGUCAGUGGGUUGCUCCUCGGCAUUCAGUGGAACGCGAGACACCUGGCCAAAAAGCGCAAGAUGGCGGUGCGGAACGCCAAGCGGGCCCCCAUCCCUCUCGAGCCUCUGAAUUGCCGGGGUCAGGCGCAGCAGCCCCUCAUGGCCGUGCACGACGGACAGAGGGUGGUGCCGCAGGUCGUGAGGCCGGCGCAGCCCGAUCAGCAGGGCAUCCCGUGGUGGCGGCGCAAGGACCUUACUUAAGACUGACGUGUACAAAGUGUAUAUUUUGAGAGUAUUUUUGUAUUUUCUACCUCACUAAUGUUUUAUCUAGUCUAGGCGAGUUAAAUAAAACAGUGAUUGUUG